AUGUACUCAAAGCCCAAGGAGGAGGACGCGGGUGUGCGUUGGAUCUCCGUGCUAACCAACGUGGCCGACCAGCUUUAUUACCCCUGUGAACACAUUGCAUGGGCAGCUGAUGCUGAGCUCAUCAAAGUGAAGUCGGAAGAAUGGUGGCUUUUCACCACAGUGCUGUGGGGGACCUCGCUGCUUCUGGGGAUACUCAGAUCAUUCCGAAUUCUUCUGCUGAUGAGGAAGCAGCUGAGGAGAUCAAGGACAGACAGCAUUAUCAACGGUCGUUUUCAGCUCCAUAAACAGAUGAGAGAGGAGUUUCUUUCCAUUUUCAGUAAAACAGCGGAUCUCUGUAACGCCAUCCACUGGAUGCCACCUGGUUUCCUGUGGGCCGGUCAAUUCCCUCGAUGGUUGGUGGGACUGAUGGGAACAAUCUCAUCUGUGAUUGGUUUAAUGCAGAUGAGCAGUGGCAAUGGUGACUAGACAGCUCCAAAAUGAUGACAAAAUAAUUAAAUAAAUAAAUGUGAAUUCUGACAAUAAAGCACAGUUUUAAUGCAGAUCAAUUCUGAAUGAAGGAAUCGGAAACUGAACCAAAAUAUACUUUAUAUAUGUUUUAGAAAAAGCAUAUCACUUAUUACCUAAUUUAUUUUGUCAAUUUUUUUUGAGUG